AGUAGUGGUUUGCAAUGGCAUUCCCGUAAUUCCACCCCAAAUCCCCGGUCAAUUUCCUACCACCCCAAACUCCAACACUCUCUCUCUAUACAUUUCCUUGCUCUUUCCUUUCUUUCACACUCCAUUUACCCUCUUAAUUCAACCACCACCCAGACUCAGACUCUCACAAACACUCUCUAUUUUCUUUUUCUCUGACUAUAUAAUAAACACCCCCCAUCAAUACUCAGCAAAACUACGAGAAUACCACACCCACCGCCCACCACAGCCAAAAACCAAAGAAAAUGGACUCCGAUUCAUGGAACACUCGUCGCCGUUUCCAGUCUCGAUCGGAUCUGUUCCUUGCGCACGAAGAGAUGGAAGGAGACGAGGAAUCGAAGGCGGAGUUUCUUUGCCCCUUUUGCGCUGAGGAUUACGACGUCGUUGGACUUUGUUGUCACAUCGAUGAGGAACACCCUGUUGAAGUCAAAAAUGGGGUGUGUCCAAUUUGUGCGAAGAGGGUUGGAAUGGAUAUCGUUAGCCAUAUUACGAUGCAACAUGGGAGUUUUUUAAAGGUUCAGCGCAAGCGGAGAUUCCGUAGAGGUGGUUCUAAUUCUACAUUGUCUUUAUUGAGGAGAGAGUUAAGAGAAGGAAAUUUGCAAUCCCUUUUUGGAGGAUCCACUUGCAUUGUUUCCUCAAAUACAGAACCUGAUCCUUUGUUGUCAUCAUUUAUAUAUAAUGCACCUAGAGUUGAUGAACCUGUGAGUGUUAAGCCUCAUUCUUUGGUGGAAACAAGCGUGGUAAAGGAGAGUUCAAAGGAGGAUUUCUUGGAAAGGAAUUUCCAACAGUUGGUGUUAUCAGACAAGGACCAAGAGGAGAAGACUCGGAAGUCUGAGUUUGUCCAAGGACUUUUGCUGUCCACUAUUCUCGAUGAUGGCUUGUGAGUUCAAAGGGCAUGCAUAGAUGCAAUGGCAGUGGUGUAGUCAGACUGGGAGCCCCAAAGAUAAAGAUCGAAGAGGCUAAUGAAUAUUAUGGUACUAGUUGUAAUAGUUAGGUCGGGAAAAUUAUGUAUGUAUCUAUUGUAAUUACAGUUUUGUGCAUAAAUGGAAAUAUGGAAGAACUUAUUCCUA